UAUCCAGCCUUACAGAUGCAGGACAGGCUGUAUUGACUGGACAGCUAGUCUUACUGUAGUUUUGUGUGCUCUUCUGGGUGUGGUGCUGAGGUGCUGCUUCUUCCUCAUGGAUGACUGAGACCGUGACCAGAAAUCCUGUCAUGUGGCAGAAAGCACAAGGGUGGAGCGCUAUGUGUUUCUUAGGGUUUCAUGUUUUGGCGUAUACACUCUUGUUGCGAAUUGUGGAUUAAGAGUAAGUAGACAUUACAAAAUCCAAGAUGGAAAAGAACGAAGAGGCCAAGAAGAAAGUAGAGGCGGGAUAAAGGGACCAAACUGCAUGCUGGCACUAUUUGGAAUGUCAUGGAAUGUUUUUUUCCAUUUCUUCAGCUCUUCUGUAAUGAGAGCUAGAGAACAGCAUCUUUAAUGCACAUUUUCCUGGCAUCCUUGAUUCUGGAAACUUCAUGAAAGGACAAAAAGACACAUCUUGCAGACUUAAUAUAAACAGAACAGCUUUUUUAAAUCAGCAGAAGACUUGUCUUUGGAACUGGAUAGAACUCAACCAUUUGCAAACGUUUGUUCAGCAUAAGGACCUAAAAUUCAGGAUUGGUUGAAUGGAUUUGGGAAUAAACCUGAAGUGGAUUGUGUAACUCCAGUCAAACACUAACUCCAGUUAAUUUUAACCUCUGGAGAUUUAUAUUUCGACUCACUUCUUGUUUUUUUUAACUGGUGGAAUGUGUUUUUGUGAAUACAGACAUAGUUAAUUUGAUCUUAAAGAGCCUAUGCGCCAAACUAGAGGAAAUGGAGAGUCCGCCAUCGAAUUCGUUUUUGGACAAAUUAACGAACUUGUUUACUAAACACGAACCCCAAUCACUGUCUGAGGAAAAUACAAACGUGAUUAAAUUUCACUCUUUGACUGGAAAAGGAGGUAUUAAUGGUCAACAAACAUGUAUUCAAAGACAGGAUGGUUUUGAUGAUCAAGGUGAUGAUUUUGUUAAGGCUUCGCAUGCAAAUGCUGAUGAAGACCAUGUUAACAGAUCAGAGAAAACUGAUUCUUCAUCAAUAGAAGAUCUAUUGGACUUUGCCUUGGAUGAUAAUCAUGGCAAUAAAACAUCAGCAGCAGGCCAGACUGACCAGGAUGUAACAGAUGGUCAAGCUGACACACUGCCUAAAUCACUUAGCCCGGUCUCAGCCAGUGCUAAAAGUCUGGACAAACAACUUGAGGACACAGCAAUCUGUACAGAGGAUAAUGAGCUUGUUUUCAAAGGAGGAGAGUUUAUUUCAAAAAUGAGCAAAGACAGAAUUGAGGACGUAUUGAACAAGACAGAUGUGACGAAUUCAGAAAAUGUGGAGCUUACGCAUAAUGAGAAAGAAGAAGGCCACAAAGACAAAACCAGCAUAUUGAACAGUAGUGGCAAAGAAACAAUGGAUAUUCUGAGAAAAAAAGCUAAAGAAGGAUUACUGAAAGACCUCACAGACCCUCAAAGCAUGAACGUUCCCUCUUACAGAAAUAAUUUGUCUGAAUCUUUCACAAAUAAUAGCAUAUCAAUUGAAAGUCUGCAGAAAUCUGCUGAUGAGAGCAAAAAAGAUUGUGAUGGAAACCUUCAAAACAUUGCAGACGUUCUAGAGGAAAGCAAAGAUGAACAAGCUCUAAAACAAACAUCUUCAGAGUCGAACAUUCAGAGCACUUUAACACCAUCUGAUAAAAAGGCCUUUUCUUCAAACUCACCUGUGAACGCCAGAAGUGUGGUCAUCACCCUUACAAGUGUUGAAGCUUGUUCUGCAGGAUCAUGUGUUGAUACAAUCCAACCGAGGCAUGAGACUCAAGCUUCAUGCAAUGUAUCAGACAUCCAGGUCCAAACACCUACUUCAACCCUGACGAACCAGGCAGGAGGUGAGAUUUCAGACGAUUUUGAGUGCAUUGGUACUGAAGAAGACAGUUUCACUUCACCUGAUUUAGAGAAUAAAGCUAAUUCAGAACAAGAACUGGAACCUUCAGAACCGCUGGAGAUUGAAAUGCAUUCAGAUGGAGAAAUUAAUAAGGACAAUGAAGAGACCAUUGAGAAGACCACUGAAACCACUAAAGUGGUAAAAGAGAAACCGCUUCAACUGUCGACGCUCUUCAACGGGCUGCUCGGCCCCAAGAAAGAAGUUUUUGAGGAGAAAGAAGGACCAGAGCAACCCCAAAACCCUUCCAAACGAGGACUUUUCACAGAUCAGUCGAACAAGAAAGAAGUCAAAGGGGACUUCCUGGAACAGCUCGCCCAAUUCCUGAGCAAGGGGGAUGGGAAGAGAAAGCAAGAGAGCGUCUCAAGUCCCCCAAUGUCUCCAGUCAGUCAGGAACCUGCAGAAAAUCCAGAGACAUCUGUAGAGGAACCGGUCAGUCCCCAGUCUGAGGAAACCAACAAAUCUAGCAAUGCAGAGACAGCCCUGGGCGCACUGAAGGCUUUCUUUACGGUUAAAUCUGCCAAGAAGGACUCUUCUAAUCGAAAGGAAUUAGAUAUUGUGAAGAGGAAGAUCAAUAGGGACAAAGAAGUCCUCAGAGCUUUCUUUGACAGGAACUCAAGCAAGUCUCCAGAGAACAAAGAGACUACUGAUUGCAAACCAGAAGUAAGUGAUGAGCACACACCAAAGCGUCUUCAGACAGUCUGGCCUCCACCAAAACCUAAAGACGAGGAGGAAAAGAUCGGUCUCAAAUACACAGAGGCUGAGCAUCAGGCAGCGCUUCUACAACUGAAAAGAGAAUGUAACGAAGAGGUGGAGAAAUUACAGACUGACUUCAGACUUGACCUCUUCCGGAUACAAGAGAAGAAUGAGCAGGAUUUGUCCAGACUCAGCGCAACCAUUGCAAGCUUACAGAGAGAAAGAGACAAAGAUCAGCGCAGAGAUCACCACGAUGUUGCUGUGUCCACUAAAGAUGACCUCAAAGCACAGACCGUCCGAUCAGUGUGCAUUCAGACAGACAGAGAGACAUUCAUCAACUCUAAGGAGGCCAAAGAAGCCCACAGCAAAAAUAUUGACCCCCUGCCGAAAACUGCUGACCUCAACAACUCAACCAAAAACUUGACUGGCAGUCAAAAGACAGUCCCUCCUCCAUCAGAUCAUCCACCUCCAUCGCCUCAGUUACAGUUGGAAAGCAGUAAGAUUACACCUCCAACUCUGCCUGGUCCUUGUACUCCUAAUCUACCUCCUGCUCAGCCACUAAAUAAGCAUGUGCCUCCUCCACCUCCUCCUCCGCCUCCACCUCCACCUAUGACAGGGUCUGGUCUUCCACCACCACCACCACCUCUACCACCUAUGACAGGGUCAUCACCACCACCUCCAUCACCUAUGACAGGGUCUGGUCUUCCACCACCACCACCACCACCACCUCUACCACCUAUGACAGGGUCACCACCACCACCACCUCCACCACCUAUGACAGGGUCUGGUCUUCCACCACCACCACCACCACCUCUACCACCUAUGACAGGGUCACCACCACCACCACCUCCACCACCUAUGGCAGGGUCUGGUCUUCCACCACCACCACCUCCCCCCAUGCUCCACUCUAUCCCUCUUCCUCCCUCUGGAUUCGGCUUCUUCUCUAGUAAAACAGCAGACACUUCUCCUCGUAAACCAUCAGUGGAGCCGGCCUGUGCAAUGAAACCGCUGUACUGGACACGAAUACAGAUUCAAGAAAGCAAGAACGAUAUUCUGUGGAGUUCCCUGAAGGAGCCAGAGAUAAUAAACACCAAUGAGUUUGCAGAACUGUUUGCUAAAGCCACAUCGCCCACCAAAAGAAAGCCCCUAUCUGAUGCCUAUGAGAAGAAAACCAAAGCCAGAAAGGUCAUUAAAUUACUGGAUGGCAAGCGCUCUCAGGCUGUGGGCAUCUUAAUCUCAAGUCUCCACCUGGAGAUGAAGGACAUCCAGCAAGCUGUUUUGACUCUGGACGAUACUGUAGUUGACUUGGAUGCUAUUGAAGCCCUGUAUGAAAAUAGAGCCCAGCCUGAGGAGUUAGAGAAGAUUAAGAAACACUAUGAAACCUCAGACGAAGAGCAGGUCAAACUACUGGACAAGCCUGAACAGUUUCUGUAUGAACUCUCCCAGAUUCCAGAGUUCUCCAGUCGAGUUCACUGUUUCAUUUUUCAGUCCAAGUUCACUGACGCCGUCGCCUCCAUACAGCGCAAGACCGAGAUUAUUCACCACGUCUGCAAGUUUCUGUUGGAGAAAGACAGCACGAGGGAAGUGAUGGGAUUGGUUCUUGCUCUGGGAAACUAUAUGAAUGGAGGCAGUCGUGCUCGAGGACAGGCCGACGGCUUCGGCCUUGAGAUUCUACCCAAGCUUAAAGAUGUCAAGAGCAGGGAAAAUCACAUUAGUCUGUUGGACUACAUUGUGUCCUACUAUCUUCAUCACUUUGACGAGAACGCUGGGACAGAACAGAGCAUCUUUCCCCUGCCUGAACCUCAAGAUGUUUUCCUUUCCUCUCAAGUGAAGUUCGAUGACCUCUCAAAGGACCUCAGGAAGCUGGGCAGAGACUUGACAGUGUGCGAAAAGGACGUCAUAACCGUGUGUACCAACUCGUCUCAAGAGCACAUUCAUCCCUUCCAGGAGAAAAUGGACUUUUUCAUUGCCAGCGCACAGAAAGAGCUAAUCACCAUGGAGCACCAGGUGGUAUCAGCUAGUAAAAGCUUCUCUUACCUGGUGGAGUUUUUUGGGCUGAAGCCACGCUCUGGAGAGCAAGAGGUUGCGCCUGGCAAUGUUUUUACACUUUGGUUUGAAUUCUGCAAUGACUUUAAGAUCAGGUGGAAGAGAGAGAACAAAGUCAUAUCCAAACAGAGAAUCAAAGAAGCCCAACAGUCAGUUCGCAACAUGACAGCAGAGAAGAAGAUUGAGACCAGAAGAGUAAAUGCGAAUGGACUGAAAGAGAGACUGCGCAUGAAAGAAGCAAGUCUGACCACCAGCUAACUGUUUGAGGCCUGUAUUUAAGACCCAGGGGAUUUUUGGCAGGGUCAGAAUGAAGUCCACCUGCUAGUGGCACACUUUUCUCCAGCCUGAAAGAUGACAGCCUGUCUGUCAGUGUGGAUUGUGUCGUGUGUAUAAUACUAUAAUCUUUUUGCUCACUUGCACAUGUAUAUUCUAAAUACUCCUAAUGGUUGAUAUGAAGUGAAUGUUUUAAAUAAAUAUUCACACACUCUUAAAAAAACUUUAAAAAGAAGAAACUGUCAAUGUUUAAAGAACCUUUUGUUGGUGGUGUAAAAAACUUUUUAUCUAAAUAUUUUUUCACCUGGCAUCACGGUGGCGCAGUGGGUAGCACGAUCGCCUUACAGCAAGAAGGUCACUGGUUCGAGCUCCGGCUGGGUCAGUUGGCAUUUCUGGGUGGAGUUUGCAUGUUCUCCCCGUGUUUGCGUGGGUUUCCUCCAGGUGCUCCGGUUUCCCCUACAAUCCAAAGAUAUGUGCUGUAGGUGAAUUAAAUAAAAUUGGCCAAAGUGUAUGAGUGUGAAUGCAAGUGUGUGUGUGUUUCCCAGUGUUGGGUUAUGGCUGGAAAGGCAUCUGCUGCGUAAAACAUGUGCUGGAUAAUUUGGCGGUUCAUUCCGCUGUGGCGACCCCUGAUGAACGAAGGGACUAAGCCAAAAAGAAAAUGAAUGAAUGAAUGAAUGAAUGAAUGAAUGAAUGAAUGAAUGAAUGAAGAACAUUUUGGUCAGUUGAAAGUCUGGUUGUUCAGGGUUCUUCAUGGAACCAUUGAAGCCAAAAAAUAACCUUUAUUUUAAAAGUGUAUAACAAAUUCACUUAAUCUGCUUUGUAAUCUGCACCAAUUUAUAUAAUUAAGGAUUCAAAUAGUGCAAAUUAAAGACAGCAAUCUUGGCAUUCAACUUAAAAAAAAAAGCUGUAACUUUAUUUUGUAUAUUGAGUAACAAAAGUUGAGUAACUUUUUUAUGGCUUAUUAGGUCAUUACAUAACAUAAUGUACAUUUACAAUCAUAUAAUUUUAAAACUAUAACUGUUUUAUUUUGAUGCCUUUUUUAUUAACAACAUAUGUGGAUUUAUCAUUUAAUCACAGUAAUUUUG